UCUCUCCUUCGUUGUGCAUCCUAGACUCUCUCGCUUUUACCCUGCGUUCGACCCCUCAUUCGCCCGCAGCAUACUUCUAGGAGAGAUGAGAAGUUUAAUCGCUGCAAUUGCGUUGUUGGGGGCGCGGAGUAGCGCGGUACCACUUACUGCAAGGGGUGCUCCGUCGGUGGAUCUCGGAUACGCUGUUUACGAUGGGACUCUAGACAGCCAGAACGGAAUUAAUAUCUUCAAAGGGAUACGGUAUGCAGCUCCGCCUGUCGGGAACCUCAGAUUCGCGGCUCCCCAACCACCCAAAGAAAACAGAACUGCUCCUAUUUCGGCGACAAUCGACGGUCCUGCCUGCCCGCAGACUGGUGCAGGUAAGGACACACCUGCCGCGUAUGGGUUCAUCUCUGCAUUGGGGAACGAAGAUUGCUUGUAUCUGAACGUCUAUGCGCCCUCCAAUGCGACCAACCUCCCCGUUUUCUUCUGGAUCCAUGGUGGUGGAUACGGUCUCUUCAGUGCUCAGGGACUAGAUCCAACCGAGUUCAUGAAAACGAAUGGAAAUGGCUUCAUAUCUGUGAUUAUCCAGUACCGCCUCGGCGCCUUUGGAUUUUUGUCCAGUGAGGACGUGAAGUCCGAUGGCGCCCUCAAUGCGGGCCUUUUGGAUAUGAACUUUGCCCUGAAGUGGGUGCAGAGGCAUAUCAAGUCGUUUGGUGGCGACCCUGCACGUGUGACGAUCGCGGGAGAGAGCGCUGGUGGCGCCGCUGUCAUGUAUCAAGCCAUGGCAUACGGUGCGACACAGAACGUAUCCCUGUUUAACAACAUCAUCGCGGAGAGCCCAUGGGUACCAGCGCAACAUAACUACGACGACGAAGUUCCCACUCAAGCAUACGAAGACUUUGCCGAGGCUGCAGGUUGCGCAAACGCCACUGAGACACUUCAGUGCCUCCGCAACAGCGACAGCGAAGUGCUUCAGAAUGCCAGUGCGAAAGUAUCAGAAGCCAGCGCUUUCGGUAGCUUUGCCUUCCUUCCUGUUACAGACGGCUGUUUCGUACAAGAUCUCCCCUCUACUCAGCUAGUAUCCAAGUCCCUCAGCGGGCGACGUCUUCUCUCCGGAAACCUCGCGAAUGAGGGCGUUCCACUCAGUCCACCUAACACCACAACCCUUGAGGACUUCCGUGACUACGUGUCACUCACAUUUCCUUCUUUUUCCGCGGACGAUAAAGCCGAACUGGAAGACAUCUACUCCUACGAAGGCGACGAUCAAGACGUAGAUCCAUCUGCACCAGUAUAUGAUACAGACGGAAUCGCUCUCAUCACCGCGGUCAACCAGUCGACAUUUGGUACUGGCCAGCAACAGCGUGUCUUUAAUGUCUUCGCGGAAUCAACUUUCGUUUGCCCUUCAUAUUGGCUUGCUUCUGCUUUCCCCCAGGCUUGGAAGUACCAAUUCAGUGCUAACCCUGCGUAUCAUGGCUUCGACCUUCAGGCCCUCUGGUCCGGCACCACAACGCCAGGCGCGUCUUUCAAGCAUGCGUUCCGUAAGAUUUGGGGUAACUUCAUCAUACACGACGACCCAGCGAUCAGUGUUUCGGACGCAAAGGGUGGAGUCGCCGCUUCGACUGUGCCCGAAGGCGCAGAUGGAUUGAUGGACUGGCCAGUGUGGACCGAUAAAAUGCCGGUGCUGCUGAACCUCAAUACUACGGGCGGAAAUGCGACGUACCACCCGGUAACUGAGUAUCUGAAGUACUACACUUAUUCAGAUCCUGGAGUGGUCAAUGUAAUCACUGUUGCUGAUGCAGAUGCUUGGGAAGGUGGGAGAGGGGAAAGGUGCAAGUGGUGGCUUGAACAUGCCGAAUCGGUACCUUACUAAACCGAUCUAAUAGCGA